GUCAGUUUAGUGUGCACCAAAACAAAAGAGAGCUCAGACUUCACAAUUCACAUAACUUCACUUUUAUCAAUAAUCGAGCAGGUUAUUGAAUUUUGAGGUCUCGGUAUUACUGUAAUUUUGAUUAAUAAGCUAAUGGAUUUAACGCAAGCUGAUUUUGAGCUUAAAGAGAUUCAGACGCUCCGCGGUCACACCGAUAGGGUUUGGAGUCUCGCCUGGAAUCCCGCCACCGGUAACGGCGAUUCCCCGGCUGUUUUUGCUUCUUGUAGUGGCGAUAAAACUGUUCGAAUCUGGCAGCAGAAUCCUUCUUCUCUCUCUUUUGAUUGCAAGGCAGUUUUGGAAGAAACUCACACUAGAACUGUUCGAUCUUGUGCUUGGUCACCAACUGGGAAAUUGUUGGCCACUGCAAGCUUUGAUGCCACUACUGCUAUUUGGGAAAAUGUUGGAGGCGAUUUUGAAUGUGUUUCUACUUUAGAGGGUCAUGAAAAUGAAAUCAAAAGUGUUUCCUGGAAUGCUUCUGGGUCUCUGCUUGCAACAUGCAGUCGAGAUAAAACUGUGUGGAUCUGGGAAGUAAUGCCAGGGAAUGAAUUUGAGUGUGCUUCAGUAUUGCAAGGACAUACGCAGGAUGUUAAAAUGGUCAAAUGGCAUCCAACACUUGACAUUUUGUUUUCAUGUAGCUAUGAUAACACUAUUAAGGUUUGGGCUGAGGAGGGUGACGGCGAUGGUGAUUGGCACUGUGUCCAAACCUUGGGUGAAUCUAACAAUGGUCACACUUCUACAGUUUGGGCACUUUCUUUUAAUGGCCAAGGAGACAGAAUGGUUACCUGUAGUGAUGAUCUCACUCUAAAGAUAUGGGAAACAGAUAAUGGAAGAAUGGUUUCUGGUGAUGACUAUGCACCUUGGAAUCACGUUUGCACACUCUCAGGUUAUCAUGAUCGAACAAUUUUUUCAGUUCACUGGUCAAGGGAUGGUAUUAUAGCCAGUGGAGCGGCUGAUGAUGCUAUUCGAUUAUUUGUUGAAAGUAAAGAUGAUUUGGAUAAUGGUUCUUCGUGCAGUCUAUUAUUAAAAAGAGAAAAGGCUCAUGAUAUGGACAUAAAUUCAGUGCAAUGGGGCCCUGGGGAUAACCGGCUUCUAGCUUCAGCAAGUGAUGAUGGAACAAUUAAGAUAUGGCAGCUGAAAACAUUAACCUGAUAGAACGGUUUGAGUAUUACUAUUUUUACGCCUUGUUCAUUAAGGUAUGCGAUGUGCAUGAUUGAUAAGUUGUAGCCAACCUUCUUAGUCAUGUUCAUGGCUGGCUAAAACAUUAGAUAUCAUGAUAGUUUUUUUUUUCCUUCAUAUGAUCAAGAAAUUUAUUUAUGUAAAUGCAAAUUGUCACAAUAAUUUGCCUUGUAAAAUUGUUGAAUUGUGAAAACACUGAGCUGGCAAUUUUGCCAAACAGUUUUGAUCCUCAUGAGAUCAAUCUCCUGUCCCUUCCCAUUUAUGCAGAAAUAUUUCCAUA